UUAGUUUAUCGAUAUAUAAUUUAAAGUGGAAUGAAAGUGUUGAGUGAUUAUUAAUUUUUCCAAAUAUUACAAACGCUAAAUAAAUAUAAUAACGUAUGGGAAAGCAAACUGUAGUAAACGAGUACAGUAUAACAAUAUUUUAAAUGCAAAAGUUUUAAUCACAAAACGUAAUUUUGAAUUAUCAGAAUGAAUAAUCAUUAAAAUAACAUAGGAAAUAAAAAAUUUUUAGACAUGCCGGUAGAUAUAAAUAGGCUAACUGAUGGUUGGCUGGAGCUUGAGUCCGAUCCAGGAUUAUUUACUUUGCUUCUAGAAGAUUUUGGUGUGAAAAAUGUUCAAGUGGAAGAGGUGUAUGAUCUGCAAAAACCAAUUGAUGGCCCGGUUUAUGGUUUUAUUUUUCUUUUUCGAUGGAUGGAAGAAAGACGAGCAAGAAGAAAAAUAGUAGAAGCUGCAGCGGAAAUAUUUGUUAAAGACGAAGAAGAGGUGUCUAGUAUAUUUUUUGCUCAGCAAGUAGUUCCGAACAGUUGUGCCACCCAUGCGUUGUUAUCUGUACUGCUCAAUAGUAAUGACGCAGAUUUACAUCUUGGAUCUACAUUAAGUCGCUUAAAGGCUCAUACAAAAGGUAUGUGCCCUGAAAAUAAAGGUUGGGCUAUUGGUAAUACGCCCGAACUAGCCUGCGCUCAUAAUUCGCAUGCUAUGCCCCAAGCAAGACGACGACUAGACCGAAGUGCUGCCUCAGGGGUAUCAACUGGACGUUUUACUGGAGAAGCGUUUCACUUCGUGAGUUAUGUUCCUAUCAAUGGUCAUUUAUUUGAAUUGGAUGGUUUAAAACCAUAUCCCAUUGACCACGGUCCGUGGAAGGAGAAUGAGGACUGGACUGAUAAAUUUCGGCGAGUAAUGGCAGAGCGUUUAGGCAUUGCCACAGGUGAACAAGAUAUACGUUUUAAUUUAAUGGCUGUUGUUCCGGAUAGACGUAUAGCAAUAACACAUAAACUAAAAAUGCUGCGAACAAAUCAAUCUAUUGUGUCAGGAACGCUACAGAAACUUUUAAAAGCUAGUGGCUCUGAUUGUGUCAAAACUUUGAAGCUUGAUAUUGAAUCUUCUGAUAAUAGAGCUUAUCAAAUCAGCUCGCCGCCUUCUCCUGUUUUGGAGACAAAUGCCUUUACCAUUCGGGAUUUACAAUCUUUACUCAAAAACCUCGAUGCAGAAAUUGCUAUAAGCGAGCAACAGUUAAAUGAUGAAAACGACAAGAGAUAUAUGUUUAAGGUUGAUGAUUGUCGACGGACGCAUAAUUAUGAUGAAUUCAUUUGUACAUUUCUCUCGAUGCUAGCUCAUCAAGGCGUUCUAGGUGAAUUAGUAAGUCAGCACUUGCUACCUUCGAAAAAAAUUAGUGGACAAAGCGUGAAUCGAUUAAACAAAGGAUCUACUCAGGCUGUAACACCACAAAAACAAAAGAACUGUAAAACGUCUAAAAACUCUGGCCGCAGGCGAAAAGGCCGAAAUAAAUGUAAAAAAAGAAAAUAGUUCUAAAUCCAAUGUCGUUAAAAAAGUACAAAUGCAUAUUAUUUCAAUAAAUAUUUACCAAAUUCACCAAAUUUUGGUUAAAAAAAUAUAAAAAACUA